ACUCCUAGAGAAAGGGCGGGCCUACAGAACCAGGGUAGCAGCAGCCAUCCUCCAGACGUUGCGAUUGUCCCAGAGUCAGUACCAUGAGCCACAAUUCCCAAGCCUUCUUGCCCCCCAGUGCCGGGCUUCCUCCAAGCUAUGAGACGAUCAAAGAGGAAUAUGGGGUGACAGAGCUGGGGGAACCCCACAACUCAGCUGUUGUGCGAACCACGGUGAUCAACAUGCCCAGAGAGGUCUCUGUGCCCGACCAUGUGGUCUGGUCCCUGUUCAACGCACUCUUCAUGAACUUCUGCUGCCUGGGUUUCAUAGCCUAUGCUUACUCAGUGAAGUCCAGGGACAGGAAGAUGGUGGGCGAUGUGAUUGGAGCCCAGGCCUACGCCUCUACUGCCAAGUGCCUGAACAUCAGCUCCUUGAUCUUCAGCGUCCUUAUGGUCAUUAUCUGCAUCAUCAUUGUCUCUACCACCUCUGUGGCAGUCUUUCAAGCCUUUUCACAAAGAAUACCACAUUCUGGAUUCUAAUCCUGCCCUGUGCUCCACUGUCCACAUCUAACCCUACCCCUGUGCUGAGGCCUUGACCCUACGCAUUUAUUUGCAAAUGUAACCUUCACACGUCUGUCCGCUGUGGAUUCAAUAAAGUGUGCAUAGUGGCAA